GCUUUCCCAGGACUUCCUGUUUCCCCACAAUCUUCUGUCCCUCCACGGGACAGCACGUGCACAGCCAUACUCUUUGCCCCCUGUGGACACGGAUCGGCCCCCCUUCCCUCCUAUGAGGCAUUUCUCGUUUCACAGUCCUGUUGCAACACGUCCUGACAACUCUUUCAACGCAACAAACGCAGGCACUUCGCAGAACAUGCCUCCCAUCAACGCGUCUGAUAGGGUGCAGAAAGUACAGCUGAUGGAUCCUCCUCCCCUCACUGCCGUUCAGCUUCCCACUACUCUGAAAAACCCUCAAAACACAGUUGAUCAUCAGAAGAAGGCCACUCCACUCUCAGCUCCACAUAUCAGGGUACAAACAGGAGCUCGGCUUCAAGCAAGACCCCAAACAAACAACCCUCUUGCAGCUUCUCACUGCUUCAAGCGGACACACCAGUCCCGGGGGUGUUGCUCUAACGGCGCUCUGGAUUUUAGUGAUUGCUACAGCUGCUUCCAUGUGGUGAGGCCUUAUCAGGCUGGGCACUACAUCAUACAUCCAGAGUUUGUGUCGGAAAGCCUCCGUUAGGAAAGCACCGGGGAUCUGGUAGCUGCAGGAAUCCUGCACCUGUGGACACGUUCUUUCAAUGUCACACAGUUUCUGCUAAUGAACAGACUAGGACAAAAUUAUAAGAGUGGAUAUUAGGAACACUGUUUCUUCACCACUGUUGUCUCUUUACAGACAGCAGGGAGAUUUCUGCAGGAAAGAGAAAGCUGUGAUGCUAAACCAGAGAAUAAAAGCAUGGAAUUGAUGUGCUUUCUGACAUGCUUAUAACCCUUUAUUAAUGUGAAAAAUGUUCCUAAUGUGACAUAUUUCAGUACUGGUGCAGUAAUAAUAACUUAUAAUACAACACAGGUUUAAUGUAUCAUUCAUUUGAAUAAAGUAUUACUUAUGUAAAAAGUUUAUAAAAACGUUUUAUUUCUUGUUUAUUUGCCUGUUAACAUACAAAACAAACGAUUCUUCUCCUGUUUUUAGUUUUACAUUUCUAAACCACGCAUGAAGCUCCCAGCUGUAAGCAUGCGCACUGAAUGAAAUAAAUAUGAACCAUUUCAGGACUACAUUUCCCUUGUCACUGUGGGAGAGACGAGGCGGAGACGCCGCUUUGCGUUUGGAUUUCUCUUUUUUUCCAUGAGGACUGUGGAAAACAAACCACAAACAGACCACCGAGGAGACUGCGGCUGGUCGCAAACAGAUGUGACGACAGGGCCAGAGUCCAACAAAAGAGGGUCCCUGCUAAAUAUUUGGAUGAUCUGUGCAACGCAAGCUGGGGGAUUAGCUUGCUGACCAGCAAAAGUCAUGUACCAAGUGGUUCCAGGAGGAGCCGGGGGCACAGUUACAGAUAUUAUCCCCAAGCAGAAGCACACCAGGGACUCUCGACCCCUAGUUGGAGCUGGAGUAAUCGGGCUGGUGCUGGUGAUUGCAGCUGUAACAGCCUGGUGUUACUACAUAGCCUCCUUACGCAAAGCAGAGCUGCUGAAGACUCAGCUGCUGGAUCUGAAUAAAGAUGGCUACAUCAUCCGCAACCAGGGGGGGUCGAUUGUUUUCAGGAUGGAUUUCAGAUCUGGGACCCUUGAUUUAGACUCCUGCUCCAAAGAAGGAGAGAUCCUUCGUUGUGAACGCACGACUGACAGGAAACUUAAAUUUUUUAUUGAGACUGUGCGACCCAAGGACACUGUGCAGUGCUACCGAGUGCGUUGGGAGGAACUGGUUCCCGACUUCCCUGUAGAGCAUGCUAUGACCUACAAGUUUGCACAUUGGUACGGAGGUGCAGUGUCAGCAGUUCAGCACUGGCCUAUUUCUAUUUCUGGUCAAGAGGCUCCCAAACCCUUUGUGACAAGUGAUAUCUACUCAAACCGGAAUGAAUUUGGUGGAAUUUUGGAGAGUUACUGGCUCUCAUCCAAUGCCACCGCCAUCAAGAUCAACAAUUCUGUGCCGUUCCACCUUGGCUGGAAUGACACAGAGAAGACCAUGUACUUCCAGGCACGCUAUAACGACAGUCCCUUCAAGCCAAACCCAGGGGAGGCACCAUGUGCUGAACUUAGCUACAGGGUCUGUGUAGGCUCGGACGUUACAUCCAUACACAAGUACAUGGUUCGUAGGUACUUUAACAAACCAUACAAAGUGCCUGCCAAAGUCAUGUUUGAGCAUCCAAUUUGGUCCACUUGGGCUUUACACAAGCGUGAUAUAACCCAAGAGAAACUCUUGUCAUUUGCUGCCAACAUUCGUGAGCAUAAAUUUAACUGUAGCCACCUUGGACUAGACGAUGGCUACACAAGGCACUAUGGAGAUUUUGAGUUUGACCCAAUUAAGUUUCCAAAUGCUUCUGCCAUGUUCCAAAAGCUGAAAUCGGAUGGUUUUCAGAUCUCUCUCUGGGUUCAUCCAUUUGUGAACUACGACUCAGAAAACUUCCAUACCUGCGUGCAGAGGGGCCUGCUUGUCAGGGAGCCGACAGGCCGGCUACCAGCUUUAGUACAAUGGUGGAACGGCAUUGGUGGCAUUUUGGACUUUACUAACCCAGAAGCACGUGACUGGUUUGCCUCCCAGUUGCGUUCACUGCGUUCAAAGUAUGGAGUGUCAUCUUUUAAAUUUGAAGCAGGGGAGACCAAUUACUUACCGUGGAAGUUUAGCACAAAGAAUCCAAUACGUGACCCAAGCUUUUUCACAAGACGUUACACAGAAAUGGCUAUUCACUACAAUGACAGAGCGGAGAUGCGCAGCGGCUAUCAGUCCCAAAAUAUAUCCUGCUUCUUCAGACCUAUUGACAGAGAUUCUGUGUGGGGAUAUGAGUUGGGUCUGAAGUCUCUCAUUCCCACAGUGCUCACCAUCAGUAUUCUUGGCUAUCAGUUUAUCCUACCAGACAUGAUCGGAGGGAAUGCCUAUCUGAACCACACAGUUGGAGAUCGUGUCUUACCUGAUCGAGAACUUUACAUCCGCUGGUUGGAGCUGUCCGCCUUUAUGCCUUCCAUGCAGUUUUCCAUUCCACCAUGGGAAUACGACAACGAGGUGGUUGAAAUUGCCCGGAAAUAUACAGCAAUUCGUGAACGCAUUGUGGCACCGCGGGUGCUAGAGCUGGCAGGUGAGGUUGUGAACACUGGGGAUCCGAUCAUACGUCCUUUGUGGUGGAUUGCCACAGGUGAUGAGACAGCCUAUAAAAUUGACUCCCAGUUCUUGAUUGGGGAUGACCUCAUGGUAGCUCCAGUUUUAGAGCCUGGAAAGCAAGAACGUGACAUCUACCUUCCCGCUGGCCAUUGGAACAGCUACAAGGGAGAGAGAUUUGACCUAAAGGAGCCGCUGCACCUUACAGACUAUCCUGUUGACUUGGAUGAAAUUGCCUACUUUCUUUGGGUCUAAAAAAGUUCAUUUAAUAUGGCUGCCAGAAGACAUUUUAAGAUACAUUUUAAAGACUUUUGAAAAGAAUGAUGCCACACUACAAAUGUGACAUUGUUUUAGAUGGAUGCCCAACACUUUUUCUUAUUGUUUUAAGUCAAAAAUAAUAAAUGUGCCAGAAGCAUUAGCAUUCUGCAGUAUUAGGACAUGGAGAACAAUGUUCUUAAAAGUGAUAAGCUCAAGUGGGGAAAGUCAUGAACGGUUUUUCUUACUGGUGUGCACUUUGGGUAAACCCACUUUGGUGAAACAUAGAUUAGUUCUGAUUGAGCAGCCAAGCUAAUAUCUAAUCACAGGAGACUCAGGAUUUAUGUCAUCUGAAAAUGCAAUCAAAUACAUGAAUUUGAAUUCUGUUCCCCUGGAACUAAAAUUACUACAAAUGGCUAGCUAUGGUGCUGGUUUUCAGCAUGUAAUCAAGAAUUUGAUGUAAAACAACCCAUGUAAUUCCAAAAAGAUGGCUGUGUAAAGGUUUAUAUCAUUAUUCUUUUUGCUAAAACCACUUAGAGAUUUUUGAGAUUAGAAUUGAUUUUGGACUGAAGAUUUUCACUUUGGGUGAGUCCUUGCCACAGACAUUCUAUACCUAGAUGCUCAGUGGACUAGUGCUGCCUAUUAGAGCUACCAUAAUGGCCAGCCAUCAUAUUGGAUGGGUCUCUAUUUUCCCCCAGUGCACUGAUGUCUACUGAAGAAGGUGCAUAUCCAACAAGAAAACAUAUUUUGUUAUGUUUACGCAAAAUCAGACUCAUGGUAUGGGAUGAUAAUUAAAAUAUAAACAUAAUUAAACAAAAGUAAAUACAAAAAAUGUAAAAAUUAUUAAAUCCCAGCAGGUAGACUAGAAAAGUAAAUGUGAUCUGUUUUCAAUAAUACGCCGGUUGUUACAGCUGUAGGCUGCACAAAAAAUGGGCAUAGUAGCUCACUGCGUUGAUUUCAGUUGGGCUUGGAGAGUGAGGGACGCUUUUGAUGCUCUCCAGCUUCCAAAGGGGCAUCUACGUAUUCAUGUCUAUGAUCCCCGCUGUGGCUAGUCAUUAGCUUGUCAAUCCAGUCAUAACGAAUCUGUUAAUCCAAAUGGAAGUUGUUCCUGGUCUUAAAGGUUCUUAGCCUUUCUACGUGAACCCACUUUAAAAGGUCUAUAAAUUGAGACUAUAUGUACUUAUCAUGAAAAACCAAUCAUAAUCUAACAGAUUUGCCUUAAGCCUAAUUAGUAACUAGUUAUGGAGCAAUAUUUAUGCAAACUAACACUGCAGUGCUAGUUUGCAUAAAUAUUGCUCAUUAUAAGCUGUUGUGUGAAGCCAAAUCUAAUAAGGCUGUGGCUAUAAAUCGCAAGGUGUUUGAAAGCCUAUCAAAAAAGUAACAUGAGUGCAGAUGUUGCUAAUUAAUUUUGAGUGUUGCUUCAAGUCUUAUGUUAAAAACAUGAACAAAAGGAAUACAUCAACUGUGAAUGCCAUCUAAAAACUGUUUAGUUUCAUAGCUCCAUGAGUAUCACUUUAGACCAAACAACCCAAUGUGAGUUAUUUUUGCCAUUAAGCAGAUUGAAGUCCACAUGGCAACGUGUGAUAUGCGGCUACCGUGUGACACUAAUGACUGUUCCACUCCUCUGCUGUUGACACCAAGAAGCCAGGUUUUAUGCUUCACUUAUCAGUGCAAAGGCUUGAAGUUUAAUCAUUACAAACUGCCUGUGCUCUCGUUUGUGUAACACAGUGGCUUGUUACUACUUUUAGCCAAGAAGAAGAUGCCAUUUAUGGUCUUCUAAAUAUUUAAUAAUCUUCCUCAGGUAACUGCUUUCUCAGGCUUAUGUGUGUUUAAAGUGCCUUGCAACCAUAAUUAAUGAUGAAGAUGGAGUAAAACGGCUGCCAACAUGUUUAAUAGGUUGCCUGCUACAUGAAAAGUUUAGGCUUGUCUGAAGUGUUUUGUGUUUGUGCUGUCAAGGUAAAAAUCAUGUAAAAAGGUGAAAAGGCUGAUGCUUAGUUAGCCUCCUGAGGCCCAAGCUUUCAUUUAGUGUGCAUUUUUUAUUUGACUCAGCUAUUUUGGAUUAGAAGGACCUUACCAACAAGUUAGUGUUUCAAAAGUUUUUUUUUAUUUUCUUUAAAUAAAUCAUUAAAAAUAAAAAUUUUACAUAUUUAAAUUCAAAUCCAGAUCUCUGUGAAUAAUAGGUCUAAAUUCAACAGAAUGUUUUUUUACAGUGAAGAACCCAACGUCCUUUCAGUUCUAGAUCAAAGAACAUCAUGUACAGCUGAGUAUUUUAAUAUUCACAGAUGAAACUAAUAUCAAUCUCAUCAUACCACUUCACAAAACAGAUGCAGAAAGGCAAUGGAAACAUCUCAAAAUGCUUUUUUUUAACUUUUCGAUAAAAAAAAAUUCAGAUCUUUUUCAAAAGAUCACUCAUCCUAAAAAAUAAACUAUUUUGUUUAAUGAUGUAACAUUUGGCCCACUUGCGUUUUUGUAAUGAAAAUGUUAUUUCUAGAGAUGAAAAGUAAAACAUGAUGUUAAACUGGUAGUCAAGACGCUUUAUUUUUGUCUUAUAUGCCAGAGCAUAUUCAUUCAUUCACUCUGCCUUUGAGAUGUUGAGCAGACUUUUCACUUACAGCUUCUGCAAAGCCCUCAGUAACUGUCCGUGUGUCUUUCAACAUCACGUCAAAACAAAAUCUCAGCUUAUUUAUAGCGGUUCUCAGUUAGCAUCUGGGCCGAGCCGAUCUCAGAGGUUAUUUCUGUCUCAGACUGUCCUACCUUGUGAUCUUCUGCUUCACGGACUAAAGAUUUAGUUGCUGUUAGUUCGUUCGACUCUGAUUUUUUCAAACUAAGGAAUAUUUACACGUGAUUCAUUGGGUGUACUUAAUUUUAAUGAAUUUUUGUAUGAAUGUGUUAAAAUAAACACAUCUGUGUCCAAACUUUGUUCUGAAAUAACAUUUUUAAUAACACCAAAUGAGUACUUUUGCUUUUACGUUAUAGAAAAACAAGUUAAAUUCACUUUAAUAGCAAAAUUAAUGCAAAGAAGGCAAAAAAAUGACCAAGAGAUUUAUGUCAGUCAUCUGUUCAUGCAAUUAUUGAACCAAUAACUGCCUAUAACCUCUCAUGUGUCUGCAAUACAUGAAAAAUGAUGCACCGAUUGGUGCAGUAGUGAAAGGCACCCUUGAGGGUCUUCUCCAACUUUUUCGAUACUCCUCUCAUCAUGGGGCAAUAAUGACAAGGUGAUGAAACAACAAUGCAGGUUAUUUGGAGACUUUGUUGAGAUCAAUAAAUCAUUUGGUGGUUCAUGAUAUAAGGUCAGAGAGUGAAUGAUUCAAAAGUGUCUGGCCAAACACAAAAAUAAUUAAAAAGAAAAAAGAUUCUGCAGCAGCAGCCAGAAUCAACGGUGUUUAUUAGUUAUGGCUUUAAACAUUCUUCUUCUUUUGGAGUCCAAGCAGCCUUCAUCCCUCACAGCUGUACUCGAUCUUUUCAUAGGUUUGGGGAAUUUAUUCCAUUUUGCAGCUGUGGGAUAUGCUUCAGAACAACUUCACUCUAUCUGCAGAUGUCUCAUCUGUCUUCAAAAUUGAUCUUGACUUGCAGCCUGUGUGGGGAGGACAUACACUCAUUGAUUAGCUGUCUCUGUGUUGCUGGAUCAAUAUUAUUUGUUGGUGUGCUUUCUGCAGCCACAUUGUUUGAUUCUACCCGGUGCUUUGCACGCUGAACAAAUAGUUUAUGUGAGACUUUCAGAAGCUUUGGCAUAAAACAGGAGGUUUUGGAGAAAAAUAUGACAAAAUUGAGCUCUGCAUACCAGCACAAUGGUUAAAUAAGAUGGAUAAAUAAUAAAAGUUAAAGUUUGUUAAAUGA